GGUGGUGUGGAUAGUGAUGGGAUUUGGAGUCCGGAUAUCGAGCAGAGUUUCUUGGAAGCUCUUGCCAUCUACCCCCCGUGCGGUAGGAGGAAGAUCAUCCUCUCGGAAGAGGGGAAGAUGUAUGGCCGGAACGAGCUGAUUGCAAGGUAUAUAAAGUUGAGAACUGGGAAGACACGAACAAGAAAACAAGUGUCAAGCCAUAUACAGGUUCUCGCCAGGAGAAAGUCGAAAGAAAUACAGGCCCAUGUUAAA